CUAGGGCGUUGAAUUGAUUUACAACAUAUGUAGAUUUUAAAUUCAGGAUAAAAAUCGGUUUUUUUCAUGAAUUUCAAAUGAUUUUCUAUAUCAAUGGAUUUAUCUGCUAACUCAUCAUUACCGAAUCAAAUAAUAUCUGUGAUUGUCUACUCAACCUUUCAUGUCGAUUUAUAAGCCCGAUUGAAAUAUUAGAAUAAAAUGUUCAAGUUUAGUUCGACGCACAAACAUAUUUUUCAUUGUUUACUAUUAAUUUCAAUCAUCAUAUAUUUUGAAAUACAAAGUGGUGCCCUGAAAUUAUGGUACACCGAUGAUGAUAUUGGCGACUUUGAUCCAUUUGUUCGUUAUGGACGAUAUCUAGCAUGGUUUCUUUAUGUUUUUCGUCUAUUAACUUUACUGCCAUUACCACAAGUAUUAUUCAAUUUCUUUGGUCUAAUAUUUUUCAAUGCAUUUCCUGAAGAUCCGAAAUUGGAUAAAACACCUUUGAUGAUGCCUUUUAUUUGUAUACGAACCGUGACUCGGGGCGAUUAUCCUGAACUUGUUACAAAAAAUGUCGAAAGAAAUCUUAAUCUUUGCCUAGAUAGUGGCCUUGAAAAUUUCAUUAUUGAAAUUGUCUCUGAUAAAUCAUUCGAACUGCCUAAACACCCCCGUAUACGUUUGACUGUUGUUCCAUCAUCUUAUCGGACAAAAUCUGGUGCUCUAUUUAAAGCACGUGCUCUUCAAUAUUGUCUCGAAGAUAAUGUAAACAGCUUAAAUGACAAUGAUUGGAUUGUCCAUUUAGAUGAAGAGACAUUAUUAACUUCUGGUUCAUUGGCCGGUAUAGUCAAAUUUAUUUGUGAUGGUAAAUACCAUUUCGGUCAAGGAUUGAUCACAUACGCAAAUGAAGGAGUGGUAAAUUGGUUAACCACAUUAUCAGAUGCGUUUCGCGUAGCUGAAGAUAUGGGAAAAUUGAGAUUUCAGUUUUACGUAUUUCAUAAGCCAAUUUUCAGCUGGAAAGGUUCUUAUGUGGUGACACUAUGUCGAGCCGAAAGGGAUGUAAGCUUUGAUAAUGGACCUGAUGGUUCCAUCGCCGAAGAUUGUUAUUUCUCAAUGAUUGCCUUUAAAAAAGGCUAUACAUUCAACUUUAUUGAAGGUGAAAUGUGGGAAAAAUCACCUUUUACUUUGAUGGAUUGUCUACAGCAAAGAAAACGUUGGCUGCAAGGAAUAUUCUUGGUUGUUCAUUCGAAAAACAUACCGUUAAAGAUUAAAUUUUUUCUAUCAAUGUCAUUAUAUGCCUGGGCUACAUUGCCGCUUUCAUUGGCCAAUCUAGUCUUUGCCAUUAUAUAUCCAUUACCGGCAAGUGAUUGGUGUAAUUUUAUAUCAACAUUUGUUGGUGCUUUAACAUUCUACUUAUAUAUAUUCGGUGUAUUUAAAUCAUUUGAGAUUGAAAAAAUCGGAUACAUCAAAUAUAGCAUUAUAUUGGCAGCUGCUUUACUGACCAUACCGCUCAAAGCGAUCAUUGAAAUUAUUGCCGUUAUAUGGGGACUAUUAACCAAUAAACAUAAAUUUUUUGUUGUACAAAAACAAAUACAAUCAUCACCAUCAUCAUCAUCAUCAUCAUCACAAGAGACAACAACAAAAGAUGAUUUACAACAUGAAUAUAUAAAUGGAAGGGUGAUUGAACAAGUUUGAUUCAACAAUUUGAUUUUUAACCAUAGUCAUCAAACAAUUUGUUAUUUCAAUCAUCAUCAAGAAAAUUAAGA